AUGGGGCCGCGGCCGUUCUCUUGGUGCACCUGCGGAAACUGGAUCUACAACUUCCGACUCCAUCGCAACGGCGGAGUAUGCGACCAUUGCAAGCAGCAGGUUGAGUUGGUCCAGCCAGGCGCCAAGGGGGCUAAAGGCGGCGGCAAAGGAGGCAAAGGGAGCAAAGGCGGCAAGGGCUACCCUCCCGCCAAGUACCCUUGGCGUACAGCUACCAAGACCGACGUCGGUGCGCUGCUCAAGCAAUUGCUCGAGGAACCCGCCCUCUCGGUCCACGCUGAGGCUAUUCAGUACAUCGAAAAGUCCUACACAUCCAGCUUGGAGAAGAAGAGGACGCCCAACCAGGAGGUCACCCGCACUGGCCAGACCCUGGAGCGCAAGGAGGCUGCGCUCAAGAAGACGAACGACGCUGAGCAGGCAGCCACACUCGCUUUGGAGGAGGCCCGCGCCAAGCAGCAGCAGGCCGCCAUCGAGGCGAUCGGCGCCCAGCAGGACUACGAGCAAGCGCUCCAGGUCCUGGCUGCGACGGCGGGGGCCAAGACGGCUACCCAGACGCACACCUCAGACGGGAAGCGCAUCCUCCUGGCGGUGGAGGAGUUCAAUUUCACGGAGUUCGACGACGACUACGACGAGGCGCAGCGCCUGCAGCUCACCACGAUCCAGAAGCAGGUCGAGGCCCACAUCAAGCAGGUCGAGCAGCUGCAGGUCCAGAUGGCGGAGGCGCUCCGCAGCGUCAAGCAGAUCCGCGCUGCACCCGCCGAGAAGAUGCGGCCAGCGCCAAGCCUGCUGCGGGCGCCGGUGCUGCCGGCAGUGCUGCUGCGGCCGCUGGCGGCGGCGGGCCGCCGCGGCCCUGCCGACACGGGCGCCUCGAGGAACGGCGGCGACGCCACGCUCUCCUUCGCCAACGUGUCGGAGUGGGGCCCCACGGCGCAGAGCUCCAUGCAAGCUCAGGUUGAGCAGUACGACGUGCUCGGAUUCGCAGAGACACACCUUCGCGGGGAGAAGCUUGACCGCUUCCACGGCGACCUCGCGAGGGACGGAUGGAAGACGAUUGCCACCCCGUCGGUGGCCACGGGCCGCUCAGUGGAUGGCACCACGGGUGGCGAGGCCAUCAUCGCGAAGAAGACCCUCGCCACGACCAGCUUCGAGGGUUGGCGACAGUACGAGAUCGCCCGCACCCGCAACAGCAAUGCCAUCGCGGCUUACAUGCAGCCGAAGUUCGGAUUCCAGGGCCCCAACGGCAAGAUGCUCAUCAGGCUGGCGAGCUUCCUGCAGCAGUUGACGGCCGACCCGAACAGCAAGAGGCAGAAGGCCAUCGCCGAGCGACGUGCCCAACGGCAAGCUGCACUCGACCACGCAUUGCAGGAAGCCUACGCAGAGCUUCACCAAAACGAUCAGCACACCGACACCCUGCCGACGCAGCACGUCGGCUUCGCUAUCCCGCUCGACCUCUGGGAAAAGUCGAUGGGUUCGCAGAUUGGUUCUAAGGAGGGCGAGAUGGUCGAUGUCGCUUCCGACAUCAAGUUGCACUACCUUCUGCAAAGGGACAUGCACGGACAGAACCAGAUCGCUGAGAGGUUCGCGGCUUGGGCCCAUAACGUAGAGAAGGCCACGCUCGUCCAUCACGACAUCCCGGAGGACAAGCGCGACGAGCACAUGGGCCGCGACGUCGGGUAUGCCAUUGGUUGGAAGCGUACACGUGCCACGCCAUGCCGACCACAUAUGCGCGACCCGCUCUUGGAGUGGUGGCACUUGUCCACCACGCCGUUGGUGCGAGAUCAGCAUCUACGACGAACGGAAGCAACCCUGGAGGCCAGCCGUCUGGAAGCCAAGAUUGCGGAGAUCCUCGCUGUCGCCGUCGCCAACGACCUCCAGACGCCGUUCCAAGACGACGACGAGCUGUUCGCGUGGAUCGCCGCCGUCGGCAAUCUCAGCACGCAGCCGCUUCAGGACAUCCAGGACCUGAUCGACACAGGCGAGAAGUACAAAGCCCGAGCGAUCGGCAUCAGCCUCACAAGAUCAUGGAGAGCCUACACGUCAUGGGCUACGAAGAUGUGGAAGCAGGCCCCAGGGUUGCUCCACAAGCACGUCAAGCCUCCCGCCCAGCCGAAGUUUGAGCACGCGGACUCCAACGGCCACACGUACGCCACGCCAGCCAUCAUCAUGGACAGGAGAGCCGGCGAUUGGGAACGUAUUUGGGGCGACCCCUCGGCUGGCGAAGCCGAGGUCCAACGUCUACCACGACCAGGCAGAGAAGAGCUGGUCCACAUCCACGAUUGCGAGAAGCUGGUGAUGUGGCCCUUCCAGUUCUUCGCAGUUGUUGGCGCAGUAGCGCCCAAGCCCACGGGGGGCGACCGUAUCCUGGGGCAGCUCCCAUUUGUGAUGAAGGCAUGGUCGAAGUUGCGCUGCCCCCUUUGUGAAUCCUGGUGCGACGAGCUCGCCGAGUUCUGGGACACAGCUGUACGCAAGAGCAGCGCAUUGCAAGCGUCCUUGACCAGGGCUAUCAUGGACGAGUGCUGCUCUUUCCUCGGGAUCACCGUCGGCGCGAUCCUGCUCGACUUGGGGAAGUUCUACGACCGCAUCUCCAUGCCCUUGCUCUGCGUGGCAUGCAUGAAGCAAGGAUUCCCAGCUAUCACACUAACCAUGGAACUACAUAUGUACUUAGCCCCACGUUAUCUUCGAGAAGGACAGUGGCUCAGCAAGGCCAUCACCGUGGGGAAAAGCGUGGCGGCGGGGUCCCCGCACGGAGGGGAACUUGUCAAAGCCAUGCUCGGGCCGCCGUUGCAGGCUGCCCACCAGCGAUACCAGCUCUCCAUCAUGAUGCGCACGUUUGUGGACGACACGAUCAUCAGGACGGAGGGCACGGAGAGCAAUGUGGAGAGCAC